AUGGUCCUUGAUGCCGCCUCAUUGACGUUGUCACCAAAACUUCGCGGCCGUAGCGGCUCCUUUGUCCCUCUGCAGCGCUUCGAGUGCAUUCGAGUGGCCAAGAAAAUCCGACGCAACGGUCAUCGCUUUUACGUCGCCGCUGUCUUUCUCCAGCGCAACUCGGCACGCUGUCGGCUGUCCGAGAGCGUGUACAAGGCCUCACCGGCUUCCAAGCUGUCACCUCAGGCUAUGUGCAAUUUCAUGAUGACCGAACGUGAGCCAGACUUUGUAGUGGAGCGCCGGUUCUCGGAAUUUCGCAAGCUGCGCAAGGAUGUAGUGGCGCUAUUAAGAUUCAAUGGAACACACGUUAAGGUGUGCACUGAUUGCCAAGACCUACUGCGUGCAAUGGUUCGUCCAAAACAUAGGAAUUGGACGUUGAAGCGGAUGUUUGGCAAUAAGGAACAGCGGUUUGCAUUGCUCACGACGUUUGUGAACGAUCUGCUGACGCUUACGAUCAGUGUUGGUGAGCACACGACUAGUAGCAGCGUGACGGAAGGAAUGGAGAAGGACUGUAGUAUACGAGAACAAGUUGCAGAGAUGUUGCAGGAAUUUUUCAAACCUAGUUACCAGCCAUCGCUUGGCAUCAUCUAA